AUGUCCCCAGUGGACGAUACCUUUGCCUCUGGGGACACCUUGCAAGUUGAGACUGAGCUAAAGUUAAUCUGUGGCGACAUUCUGAAUGUACUGGACAAACACCUUAUUCCAGCAGCUAACACUGGCAAGUCCAAGGUUUUCUAUUAUGAAAUCCGUGGUGGCAGCAGCAGCAGACGUCGGCGGCUGGGCUGCCAGGAGCAGUUCCACUGGGUUUCACUGUCCGAGACUUCCUUUGGGGCACUCCAGCAAACCAAGGUGGAGUAUGAAUGGAAACCUGAUAAGCAAGGGCUUCAGCAAAUCCUGCAGCUAUUGAAGGAGUCCCAGUCCCCAGACACCACCAUCCAGAGAACUAAUAAUGUGAAAGCACACUUUCAGAACUUCCCAAAUGGUGCAAUAAACUUCAUUAAAAGUGAAUGUUUAAAUAAUAUUGGUGACUCCUCUCUUCUGAUUAGAGCCACUGUUGGUAUUUUGAUCACAACUAUAGCCUCCAAGAGAGAAUUGCAGAAUUGGCCUGACCUCUUACCAAAACUCUGUAGCCUGUUGGAUUCUGAAGAUUACACCACCUGUGAGGGAGCAUUUGGCACCCUUCAGAAGAUUUGUGAAGAUUCUGUUGAGAUUUUAGAUAGUGAUGUUUUAGAUUGUCCUCUCAACAUCAGGAUUCCCAAAUUUUUACAGUUCUUCAAGCACAGUAGUCCAAAAAUAAGGUCUCACGCUGUUGUAUGUGUCAAUCAGUUUAUCAUCAGGACUCAAGCUCUGAUGUUGCACAUUGAUUCUUUUAUUGAGAAUCUCUUUGCAUUGGCUGGUGAGCCAGAGGUAGGGAAAAAUGUGUGCCGAGCACUUGUGAUGUUGUUUGAAGUUUGAGUGGAUCGCCUGCUCCCUCACAUGCGUAAUAUAGUUGAGUAGAUGCUACAGAGGACUCAAGAUCAAGAUGAAAAUGUGGCUUUAGAAGCCUGUGAAUUUUGGCUAACUUUAGCUGAACAGCAAGUAUGCAAAGAUGUAUUCGUAAGGCAUCUUCCCAGGUUGAUUCCUGUGUUAGUGAAUGGCAUGAAGUACUCAGAUAUAGAUAUUAUCCUACCUAAGGGUGACAUUGAAGAAGAUGAAAUGACUCCUGAUAGUGAACAGGAUAUAUGGCCACGUUUUCACCGAUCAAGGACAGUGGCUCAGCAGCAUGAUAAAGAUGGAAUUGAAGAGGAAGAUGAUGAUGAUGAUGAUAAUGAAAUUGAUGAUGAUGAUACAAUUUCUGACUGGAAUCUAAGGAAAUGUUCUGUUGCCGCCCUAGAUGUUCUUGCAAAUGUGCAUCAUGAUGAACUGCUGCCAUAUAUAUUGCCCCUUUUGAAAGAAUUACUUUUUCAUCAUGAAUGGGUUGUUAAAGAAUUAGCCAUCUUGGGUUUAGGAACAGUUGCUGAAGGUUGCAUGCAGGGCAUGAUUCCUUGCUUGCCUGAGCUUAUUCCUCACCUUAUUCAGUGCCUCUCUGAUAAAAAGGCUCUUGUCCGUUCCAUAACAUGCUGGACUCUUAGCCGCUAUGCACACUGGGUAGUCAGCCAGCCACCAGACACGUACCUGAAGUCAUUAAUGACAGAGUUGCUAAAACGCAUCCUGGAUAGCAACAAGAGAGUACCAGAAGCUGCCUGCAGUGCCUUUGCUACCCUAGAAGAGGAGGCUUGUACAGAACUUGUUGCUUACCUUGCUUAUAUACUUGAUACCCUGGUCUUUGCAUUUAGUAAAUACCAGCAUAAGAACCUGCUCAUUCUUUACAAUGCCAGAGGGACAUUAGCAGAUUCAGUAGGACAUCAUUUAAACAAACCAGAAUAUAUUCAAAUGCUAAUGCCUCCACUGAUCCAGAAACGGAACAUGUUAAAGGAUGAAGAUAAAGAUCUUUUCCCUUUACCUGAGUGUCCAUUUUCAGCUACCACAGUGCUGCAGUCUGGCUUCCUUCCAUACUGUGAACCUAUGUGUCAGCAUUGGGUAAACCUAGUACAGAAGACUCUUGCACAAGCCAUGCUAAGCAAUGCUCAACCAGAUCAAUAUGAAGCUCCAGAUAAAGAUUUUAUGAUAGUGGCUCUUGAUUUACUGAGUGGCCUGGCUGAAGGACUUGGAGGCAAUAUUGAACAACUGGUAGCCCGAAGUAACAUCCUAACACUAACAUAUCAGUGCAUGCAGGAUAAAAUGCCGGAAGUUCAACAGAGUUCUUUUGCCCUGUUAAGUGACCUCACAAAAGCUUGCUUGCAGCAUGUUAAGCCUUGUGUAGCUGAUUUCAUGCCAAUAUUGGGAACCAACCUAACUCCAGAAUUCAUUUCAGUCUGCAACAAUGACACAUGAGCAAUUGGAGAAAUCCCCAUUCAAAUGGGUAUAGAGAUGCAGCCUUAUAUCCCUAUGGUGUUGCACCAGCUUGUAGAAAUCAUUAACAGACCCAACACACCAAAGACGUUGUUAAAGAAUACAGCAGUAACAAUUGGUUGUCUUGGUUAUGUUUGUCCUCAAGAGGUGGCCCCCAUGCUACAGCAGUUUACGAGACCCUGGUGCACCUCUCUGAGAAACAUAAGACACAAUGAGAAAAGGAUUCAGCAUUCCGUGGAAUCUGCACCAUGAUCAGUGUGAAUCCCAAUGGCAUAAUCCAAGAUUUUAUAUUUUUUUGUGAUGCUGUUGCAUCAUGGA